CCGUGAUGGACCUGAGUUCGAAUUUCGCGCUCGAAAAAUCUUAACCUAACUAAUAUUGUCUAUUUCAAAUAAUUUUGCACAAUAAAAACAAGUCAAGAAGAAUAAUAUCUGUUCAUAAAAUUUCUUUAUAUUUGAAACUAUUUUCUUUAACAUAUUAUUCGAAAGUAUACAUUCAAAAGAUAAUCUGAAAGUGAUUUUUCAAUAUGUCUCGAAAAGUAGACUGGGCUAAAUAUGUCUCUGAUACAGAAAAAAAUAUAACCACUCAGAUACAAGCAGUUGAUAUUUCAAGCAGUGAUGAACCAAAUGAAAGAAAAUCAGAUAAAGAUGAUGAUGCUCCAGAAGAAUUCAUCCCUGCAGAGGCCAGUCUCCUAGCAAAAAUCAUUCGCAAAGGAUUGAUAGAGAGCAAAAAUGAUAUCGAAGUACAAAGAAAAGAUCCAAAAUCUCCGCUAUACUCAGUGAAGUCAUUUGAGGCUCUCAAUUUGAAUCCCAAUCUUCUUAAAGGAGUGUAUGAAAUGGGAUUCAACGCCCCUUCGAAAAUUCAAGAGACUGCUCUACCAACUCUCCUUGCUGACCCCCCACAAAAUUUGAUAGCACAGUCUCAGUCAGGCACAGGCAAAACAGCAGCAUUUGUCCUUGCCAUGCUUAGCCGAGUUGAUAUUAAUAAAAAGCAUCCCCAGGUACUGUGCCUUUCUCCAACAUAUGAGUUAGCAAUUCAAACGGGAGAGGUUGCUGCUCAUAUGGCAAAAUUUUGCCCCGAAAUUGAAAUGAAAUUCGCGGUUCGAGGGGAGGAAGUGCCUAGAAAUACAAAAUUGACGGAGCAUAUCAUAAUUGGUACGCCUGGUAAAGUUCUGGAUUGGGCGCUCAAGUUCAGAGUUUUCGAUUUGAAGAAAAUUGAUGUUUUUGUAUUGGAUGAGGCCGACGUGAUGAUUGCCACCCAGGGUCAUCAAGACCAGUGCAUAAAAAUACACAAAAAUUUGAGUCCUUCUUGUCAAAUGAUGUUUUUCUCUGCAACCUAUGAUCAAGAGGUCAUGGAUUUUGCAGAGCAUAUUGUCAAAAAUCCUAUUACCAUUAGAUUGAAAAGAGAGGAGGAAACCCUAGAUAACAUAGCACAGUACUACGUGAGGUGUCAAACACACCAAGAUAAAUACAAUGCCCUUACAAAUAUUUAUGGUACAGUGGGGGUUGGUCAGGCUAUUAUUUUUUGUCACACUCGAAAAACUGCAUCUUGGCUAUCUGAAAAAAUGUCGAAAGAUGGUCAUGCUGUUGCAGUUCUAUCUGGUGAUUUAACAGUUGAACAGCGAAUUAAUGUCCUUGACAGGUUUAGACAAGGCAAAGAAAAAGUACUUAUUACCACAAAUGUUCUCUCAAGGGGAAUUGAUGUGGAACAAGUUACUAUUGUUGUCAAUUUCGACCUGCCUGUGGAUCUAAAAGGAAAAGCAGACUGUGAAACAUAUCUGCAUCGUAUAGGGCGUACUGGUAGAUUUGGAAAAAAAGGCAUUGCUAUCAAUCUCGUAGAUUCAGAUCAUGCUAUGGAGAUAUGUAAGGCUAUAGAAAACCAUUUCGACAAAAAAAUACGUUAUUUAAAUACAGAAGAUUCAGAUGAAAUAGAAAAGAUUGGAAAUUAGAGAUCUGAUUUAAUAAUUUCUUUCUAUAUUUUGAAGUAUGGUAAUAAUAUAAGGAGUGUAAAACACUAAUUGUUGUAAACAUAUUUAAUAAAGUUACUUAUGAUGCA